UAUCCGUGAAUUCUCGUUAAAUUAGUUUCAAACAAUGUCGUCUGUAUUUCAUCAGAAAAUGUCAAAGGGUCAAUGCUAACAUUUCAACGGCUUAUUUAUUCUUCGAAACAAACGUGUAAUUCUUCUUCGCUUUAGUUUUUCAUUAUUUGAUUUUAUUGCGCGCAAAGAGAGUUUUCAAACUGAAUUCCACACUUAACUGGUUAACUGUAGAAUUCAAUUCAGGAAAUCGUUCCUAAAUUAUACGAACUAGAACAUUGUUCCUGUUAUUUGUUGUUACUCGUAAACGCUUUCAAUUAGAAACGAUUUAGAGAUUCACAGUUACGGAGUUAAUAGUUGACUUUAUACUGAGUCAUCUUGCUGAAGAUUUUGAACUCGAUGUAUUCGGAGGACUUCGAUCGGGAGGGAAGAGAUCCGGAAUUUUGAGAGAUGUCGAAUGUGUACACGGCGGAGGAGGUGGCCAAGCACAAUCGCGAGGGUGACCUGUGGAUGAUUUACAAGGACGGCGUGUACGACUUGACGAAAUUCUUCAAGGAACACCCCGGCGGGGAGGAGCCGCUGUUGCAGCAGGCUGGAAAGGAUGGCACCAAGUGUUUCGACGAUAUCGGGCACAGCGGCGAGGCGGUGCAGCUGCGGGAGACGUAUAGAAUCGGCACCGUCACGGGCACGAUUCCUGCUGGGUCAUCCGGUACUGGUGUACAAAACCCGACGAUAGACGACGAGAACUGGGAAUACAAUUCGCCGGAAGAUAAAUCGUCCUCCAUACUUCCGGUGCUGCUCGCAGCCGGCGUCGUCAUCUACGCCUACAUAAUUUAUUGCUUCUGGUUUUAAUGAUGACGCAGAAACUUCGUUCGAACGGAGCAACCGCGACAUGAACAAAUUCAGAAUCACGCGGAGGCGGUGCUAUUACUUGUAUGCGAUCGAUUUUUAGAACAAAAUUAUUGUUGGAGAGAUUAAACAACAAUGGAAAGAAAGGAACUGUCCCUGUGUGCGUGUGUUUAUCGCGAAUGCGUCGAUAAUGAUCGAUAAGUAGAUUACGAAUAUUUAUAUCUCGCUGUGAUGAGUAUUAAAUCGAUUAAACUCAACAUUUUGUUUUUAAAUUCAGCCAAUUGUAAAAACAGUUUGCGUAACAAUUGAUUCCUGUCAGCUUCUCUUGUUACUGGAAGCUGAUGACAAACUGAUUAUGCUGUUUCUAAUCGUUUCGAAUAAAAAAUCUGAAAUCCA